GUAGAAACAGGAUAUGAGGAUUCAUUCAUUGACUUCUUUAAUAGAUGCAGGAAACUUGCAAUCUACCUGCAAGAUACCGGAAUUCAACCAGGAGAUAUUAUAUCUUCUUGUUCUUCAAAUAAUUUAAACAGUGCUGUGCCUUUCAUUAGCAGUUUAUUUAUUGGAGCAAUUUGUGCAUCUACUGAUCCUGUUUUAUCACCUGAGGUUACCACGCAUCUUUUAAAUAUAACAGAACCCAAAUUAAUCUUUGUUUCUGAAGAUUGUAUUGAUCUAAUUGAAGAGAGCAACUACAGAGCAGACAAUGACUAUAAAUUAAUCACGUUGCAAGAAAGUAAAAAGUAUGAAAAUUUACCAAACAUUUUAAAACGAUAUUCUGAUGAAGAUGCUAAGCAAUUUGAACUUGUGUUUGUUGAAGAUACAAGUAGCACUGCUUGCAUUGUAUUCAGCAGUGGUACAACAGGUUUUCCAAAAGGGUCUUGUCUAAACCACAAUUAUUUAAGCUCAAAUGUUAUCACCAAACAAUUCAUUGAACUAUCUGAUAGCAAUAAACAUCAAGAUACGGUUUUGAGUUUUACAACACUUUACUGGAUUUCUGGUGUUGUAAUCAGUCUGGCAAGUUAUUACUAUGGGUUCAAAAGAUUGACUUGUUGCAAAUUUGAUCCUGAAACAAUUUGGGGUUUAGUCGGCAAGUACAAUGUAAAAAUAUUACCAAUGUCAUAUUAUCAUUGCAUAGAAGCUCUGGACACUUUAAAAGUUCCUCAACCCAAUCUUAAUCAUCUAGUUAUAUUAGGAGGACCAAUAUCACAAACAAAACAAAAACAAUAUGCAGAUAUGCUGCCAAAUGCUUACAUUAUCAACUCGUAUAGUAUGACUGAGAUUGGAAGUGUCUCAAUAAACACAGAUUACAGAGUUCCAUCAUCUGGAAAGCCGGUUCAUAACGGUCAAACUAUAAAGAUUGUUAAUCCCGAAACAGAACAACCUUUGGACUUAAACAAAACCGGUGAAAUUAGAGUCAAGCACAAGUUUCAAAUGAAUGGAUACUACAAGAAAAACUCAACUGGCUGUUGGGAUACUGAUGGUUUCUUUAAGACCGGAGACAUUGGUUACUUAUCAAAUGAAUUCGACCUGUUUGUAGUUGAUCGAAACAAGGAAAUGUUCAAAUAUCGCAGUUGGCAUGUAAUUCCAAAGAACAUUGAACACCAUAUUCUAAAACACACAUGUGUAACAGAAUGCGUUGUUAUUGGCGUUCCAGUAGAACAUGACGAUAAUCAUGCUAUGGCAAUAGUUGUUUUGAAGCAUAACAGCCACGUUAACAGUGAGGAAUUAUUAAAAUAUGCGAACAACCAUCUCGAUGAUAUUCAUCAAAUUCGCGCUGGAAUAAAGUUUGUCACAAAGGACGCAAUACCGUAUACUACCACUGGAAAAAUCAACAGGCUUCUGUUAAAAACACAAAUAUUAAAUGGUAGAUCAUAAUCAAUAAAUAUAAGUAUAUUAAC